AUCCAUGGAUCAGUACUCAGUAAAUCAGUCAAUGUCCAGUGCUCAAACACGAAGUGUCAUUUCAAAUAAAACUUUAAAAUUUCAAAAUAUUUUCAAAUAAUAAUAUACUGUUGUAACUCUUCUAUAGUAAGAAAUAUUAUAUAUAUUAUAAACACGUCUUAAAUCAAGUAAUUGGACUAAAUACAUUUAAGUAUAUAACCAUGAGUUCAAUGCUAUCAUUUGUGUUGGAAAACGUACCCAGUGAUUGGGAACCAGUAAGCACUUACACUAAAAGUUAUGUUUUAUUUGAUGUACAAGACCAAAGUGUAGAAUCAGAGCGUAUAAAAACAAUGUUUAAUUCAACGUUAUUAAACAUAAAUAGUAUUAGGAGAGUGCAAAAUCCUUUUCAGUAUGGUCGAUUCAAGUUACGACAAGAAAUGCUAAACAAUAAUUUAGAGGAGGAGACUGUGUUUCAUGUUGUACAAGAAAAUGACUUAGAAACAGCUUUAAAAUAUACGUGUGAUUAUCGAAGAUAUAAUCGAAUAUAUAGAUAUAGGUGUGAAGCUACAAAUAAGCAUCCUCUCUUUUAUUCCAAUAUCCAGAGCGCUGUUUCCAACCUGUCUUCAUUUAACAAUGGUUGCGUGUUGGUUGUCAAUAAAAUACCUGGUACAACAAAGACUCAAAGUGAUUAUUAUAUCCAAUACGUGGUUGAUUUUAAAUAAACUGUACCUAUUAUAUUUAAAUGUACCUAUUAAUAUUAUUCGACUCUAUAACUGUACUUACGUCAUAUCGAUACAUAAAUAUUAAUAAACAAAAACAAAUAUAGUUAUUUUCACUUAAUCGAAAAUAUGCAUGUUUUUGUUAGUGUACAUAUUAAAUAAUAAAUAAUAACUAGAUGAUAAUACUUGUAUAACAUCAUGUUAACAGUUGACAUUAUAUUUUAAAUUAUAAAAUUCAUAACAUAUUAUAUUAUCAUAAUAAUAUAUUAUAAAGUACCUACAGUUUUAACUAUCUAUACUUUA